UGUGGACCCCACACGUAUGAGCUUUUUGCUGACAGCACCCGGAUGCGCCAAUCGGUACGUAGAUGGCAGCUUCCUGAUAACUACUCAUACCCACUCUGCCCUUCUUACUCCGUAUGAAGCAAGCAGCAUGCUGAAGCAAGCAAGCCUACAAGCGCACACAGAGUCUCAUACCCACACACACCCACAGGAGGGAGAGAGAGAUGGGCUAUGGGAUAAAAGAUCACAUGAAAUAUCUGGCGAUGACGCCAGAACAAAAGAAGAGGCACACAAAGGCGAUGGGCGUCGUCAUUACGCUCUGUGCUGGGAUCUGGAUUCUGAUCGGCGGCAUCUGGCUGGCGGCGCGGGGCAACUCCACGGACUGCAUCCGCUUCCUUCAGUGGUCCCUCAUCCCGAUCGGUGUCACCCUCUUGGCCAUCGUCUUCUUCGCCGGCUGCUACGGCGUCCGCAACGACGACGGCUGCCUCCAGGGCCUCUACAUCUUCGUCCUGUUCUUCGCCGUCCUCGCCUUCGUCGCCUUCAUGAUCUUCGGUUUCGUCGCCGUCGGGGUCAACAUCAAAGACGACGAACCGGCCCGCGAGUACAAGCUCAGUGACUACGGGGGGUGGCUCCGCGGUCGGCUGGCCGACACGCAGUACUGGGCCACAGUCAGCGCGUGCCUCCGCGACAGGCACGCCUGCGACGGCAUGAAGCGUCUUGUACGCGACCCAGACACCAGCUUGCUCGUCCCUGAGAACGCCGACCUCUCGCCUAUCCAGUCUGGAUGCUGCAAGCCACCAUCGUCGUGUGCAUUCACAUACGUGAACGGGACCAUGUGGACAACAACACCAAGUGUCCCUGCCAUGGUAACCGACGAGGUCGACUGCAGCAGGUGGCGCGACGACCAGCAAAUGCUUUGCUUCCAGUGCGACUCAUGCAAGGCAGGAGUCCUUGAAGACAUCAAGAAGGCCUGGAGCAACCUUGCGAUUCCCUACACCUUUCUUGUGAUGAUCCCGCUCGUUUGUUCUUAUCCUUGUCAGGUGAAGGCUUUUAUGGAAUGAGAAGCUGCCACGUACUAACUACUAGGUGCCCGUUAUGGGCCAAACCGGAAGCCUUCGCCAGUACAUAACGCCACAAGGGGUGGUGCUAAAGCCUGGCCUUUGUUAUGUUUUUACUAAAAUGUCUUGAACCACCUACUGUUCGGUGAUGCAAAAUUCAGUUCGGUACCUUUUCGUGUAAUGUUUUGUUGUGAUGUUUUGACUUUCUCUGUUCAAUGCAAAAUUCAGUUCAAUAAUUUUCGUUGUAAUGUUUUGACCUUUUCGGUUUAUAUUACCUUGUGGACAUGACAAUACUCGGCAGUUCAAUGUAGCUUCGUGCUGUUGCUUC